CUUCACGACGCGCCGUGGGGCUCAGCUCACACACAAGCACUAAAACAAGAAAAUAGUCGUCUAUUCCCAUCUGGAUUAACCACUGGGAAACCUCAAGAAGCACUCUUUCCCGGAGGGUCUGAGUGGAAUCGGACUGGAGUAUUUUAUGUGGACGAAUAUUGUGUUUUUGUUGAGCGAUGUCGGAAGAGAUGAAGACUUGGAUCUGCGACCCAAACACGGAUGGAAAAGAAAAGAGUGAUUUCUUUCGUCAGUAACACUGAAAAUUUAAAAUCAGCUCUCUUUUUGGAUGAAAGUACAUUUAAAACCACAGAACGAGGCGUAUUGGGGUUAAAAGUCACGUCGUGUUGAUGUUGUUUUUUCUCUCGAAACUCGUAGUUUCGUCCAUAUAAGCUUGAGUUUGAGACGCACAGCCAUGCAUAUGAAGUUCCGCAAGAUCUAGCGCAGAGAUUUCAGGGUGAACUUCUUAUUUUUUUGUUUUUAUUUACGAAAAAUAAAACAGUAGCUGUGUUUUCUAUAUAUAUUCCUGCCUUGCCGUUUCAUCGGACCACGUUUUGCGACACCAUCGCGACUUUUUUUUUUUUUUUUUUUUUAGAAAAAGGAAACUCGGAUUGCUUUCGUUCACAUUUGCUUAUUUCCUUUUCUAGCGCCCCCCCUCUCAUCUGUAGGUUACAGUAGAGCAACAUCUCAGCCGUUUUUGCUCAGAGCACACCUCUCAUUAUAUAAAUAAAUCGACGAGCAAGCAAAUCCAGUUAAGGAGGAAAAACGGUCUGCAUUGCACUGCACAAGGCAAUGGACUUGCCACAUCAAAACCCAAGUAGUUUAAUUUCAGCUCUUUAAUUGGCUUGUGAGAUCAAGCUUUGGAUCAGCAAGAGGAGUGACAGGCAAAAAUGGGGAUUAGUUUGUGAUAUUACCUGGAUAUUUACAUAUAUGCAUAUGCUGUUUAGACCUUGAAUGUUUUGUUUUGUUUCGCAUUUGUGGAUAUUCAGGAAACAAUCCAGCCCGUGUCGCACCAAUAGCCAUUAUUUAUGUUUCUCCAACCAUUGGGCUUCAGAUUUCCACCAUCUUUCCGCCUUUUAAGAAGAGGAGGAUACAUAUUACCCUUAUUGUUAUUAUUAUUAUGUGCGGUCCGUUUGUAUGCUGUCAGCUGGUAAAUGUGAUUAAACAGGGAAAUAUUGGCGCAUAAUAGUCGUCCAUUUUCAAGCCUUAUUGUGUUUUUGCAGCGAGCUGGCUUGCUUUAUUUUAAUACCCUAAGGAUAUCGUCUUGUCCGAUCGUUAACGACUUAUUUUCUAUAUCUUGUUGGUUUUAACGGGAUUGCACGGUCGUUUUGAUAAGAGGAUCAUCUUGGGGAUUGAUUUCAUUUGACACUGACGGCCCAGCUUGCAUGUAUUUGUAGUUAACCCACUACCGCCGUGAUCUCCGGACAUUUGAAUGGACGGUGGCUCAAAUUAACUUGUAUGUCAUUUUUUUUGACGGUCGUUAUACCGGCAGGUGGGUUGUUAGCGUUAAACUCAUCCAGAGGAUGAGUGCUGGAUGGGGGCAUCUGCAGGCUAGAAUCGCUUAAUCGAUAUCAUCGUUAUCACCAUCUAGAAUUAUUACUGGAGAUGAUGCCAUGCACAUAUAUUCUUCCUAUCUGAAACAAGAAGCCAUUUCUGCAAUUCCAGUGGACCUGAGGGUGACGUUGCUUCAUAGAUAAGCACCCUAUAGAUUUUCCAUUUAGAGUGGAUUUUUGUUCUUCCUUCUGUUUUUUUUUCCUGUAUUUUCAGCCACGAUGGUUGUUUUCUGAGAGCCUUUUAGGGGGCGAAACAAGAUAAAACAACUGAGGCUGGAAUAGAUGUUCGCGCCUCUCUCGUACAUCAUCUUCACAUUCACCACCACAGCUCCCGCGCUCGUCUCGUGCUGAUUCCGCCCGCGCGCGAGCGCGCAACAUCAUCGUUCCCUCACGUCCCCCUCACGGCUGGUUCUGGUACCGUUAGCGACUCGGUUCGACCCAGAGGGCUCGAAGAUGGCGGACCUCGAAGCGGUUCUCGCCGAUGUCAGCUACCUGAUGGCGAUGGAGAAGAGCAAAUCUACUCCAGCGGCCCGGGCGAGCAAGAAAAUCAUCCUUCCCGAACCCAGUAUUCGGAGUGUCAUGCAGAAGUACCUGGAGGAAAGGGACGAACUGGCCUUUGACAAAAUCUUCAACCAGAAGAUUGGUUUCCUCUUGUUCAAGGAUUUCUGCAUGAACGAGAUCGACGAGGCCGUUCCUCAGCUGAAGUUUUAUGAGGAGAUUAAAGAGUACGAGAAGUUGGAUUCAGAAGAGGAGAGGCUAACUCGCAGUCGACAGAUUUACGACAUCUACAUAAUGAAGGAGCUUCUGUCGUGUUCACAUCCCUUCUCUAAGAAGGCAGUAGACCAUGUCCAGACUCACCUAGCAAAGAAACAAGUUCCUCCAAAUCUCUUUCAGCCAUACAUAGUUGAAAUCUGUGACAGUCUUCGAGGAACUAUCUUUCAGAAGUUCAUUGAAAGCGACAAGUUCACGCGUUUCUGCCAGUGGAAGAAUGUAGAGCUCAACAUCCAUUUGACAAUGAAUGACUUCAGCGUGCAUCGGAUCAUUGGUAGAGGGGGUUUUGGAGAGGUGUACGGAUGCAGAAAGGCUGACACAGGGAAAAUGUAUGCCAUGAAGUGUUUAGAUAAAAAGCGGAUCAAAAUGAAGCAGGGAGAAACGCUGGCGCUCAAUGAGAGAAUCAUGCUGUCGUUGGUCAGCACCGGGGAUUGUCCUUUCAUAGUGUGUAUGACAUAUGCCUUCCACACCCCUGAUAAACUGUGUUUCAUCCUGGACUUGAUGAAUGGCGGAGACCUUCACUAUCACCUGUCUCAGCACGGGGUCUUCAGUGAGAAGGAUAUGCGUUUUUAUGCAGCUGAGAUCAUACUGGGCCUCGAACACAUGCACAAUCGUUUUGUCGUCUACAGAGACCUCAAGCCUGCGAAUAUCCUCUUAGAUGAACAUGGACACGUUCGUAUCUCUGACCUGGGCCUGGCCUGCGAUUUCUCUAAGAAGAAACCUCAUGCCAGCGUAGGUACCCAUGGCUACAUGGCACCUGAGGUUCUGCAGAAAGGAACAGCGUACGACAGCAGCGCCGACUGGUUUUCUCUGGGCUGCAUGCUGUUCAAACUCUUGCGAGGGCACAGUCCAUUCAGGCAGCACAAGACCAAAGACAAACAUGAGAUUGACCGCAUGACCCUUACCAUGAAUGUGGAGUUGCCUGACUCCUUCUCACCUGAGCUUAAGUCCCUCUUGGAAGGACUUUUACAGCGAGAUGUCGCCAAAAGAUUGGGGUGUCUGGGACGGGGGGCGUCAGAGGUAAAGGAGCAUGUGUUCUUCAAGGGAAUCGAUUGGCAGCAGGUCUAUCUCCAGAAGUACCCCCCACCCCUCAUUCCCCCCAGAGGAGAGGUCAACGCUGCAGACGCCUUUGAUAUCGGCUCCUUCGACGAGGAAGACACCAAGGGAAUUAAGCUGCUUGACAGUGAUCAGGAGCUCUAUAAGAAUUUUCCACUGGUGAUCUCCGAGCGCUGGCAGCAGGAGGUAGCCGAGACGGUGUAUGAUGCUGUCAACAGCGACACAGAUAAAAAUGAGGCACGCAAGCGGGCUAAAAACAAGCAGCAGGGGCAUGAAGAGGACUAUGCGCUGGGGAAGGACUGUAUCAUGCAUGGCUACAUGCUGAAGCUAGGAAACCCCUUCCUGACACAAUGGCAGCGGCGGUAUUUCUACCUAUUUCCUAACCGCGUUGAGUGGAGAGGUGAAGGAGAGUCUCGGCAAAACCUGCUGACCAUGGAGCAGAUCGUGACUGUGGAGGAGACGCAGAUCAAGGACAAAAAGUGCAUCCUGCUGAGGAUCAAAGGAGGGAAACAGUUUGUCCUGCAGUGCGAGAGUGACCCAGAGUUCGUACAGUGGAAGAAAGAACUCACCGAAGCAUUCACCGAGGCCCAGAAGCUGCUGCGUCGUGCCCCCAAAGUCAUCGGCAAGGGGCGAUCUAACGUGGUGGAACUGUCCAAACCUCCGCUCACUCACCGCAACAGCAACGGCCUGUGAGCCGCCCACCUCCCGCCACCCUUCUCCUCUCCAUCCUUUUCAUCAACACACACAUGCACACGCUCUCACACUCUCUCUCCCAGCAAAACGCUUGUCCAGCACCAUCAGGCUUCCCAACCGGCACAGUGAGCCGCCACAUGGUCCAUCUCGGAAGGUCCUGCUGGACUGUGCCCUGCUGUUCCUCAACUGUCCGUCAAUCAAAUGCACACACAUACACAGUUCCUUGGGGUUGGCGUCACUCCAGGAUAAUGCUAAAGAACAAUCAGUGAUAAAUCUGGGAUCUUGUUUUGACCAGUGGUGCAGGCUGGGAUAUACUGCGCCUCUGUUGUGAGCACGUCACUCUUGUUUCUUCUGUGAUUCCCACAUUCUCCUUGCACACGCUGGCAUGCUCGUAUAUAGGCAAAGAAAAAGGCCUCUGCUGUAAGGGUCCUAAAAACCCAACCAAUGCCCACUUGGAGCAUCUUUCCCAAGUGGCAGUGUGCUAGAGCCGGACAGUAUCAGUACCUCUGCUGCGGGAGCCAGUGGAUUCCUUUCGCCAAGGGAAACUAGAGCCAUGCGGCCUGAGAGAGCUAAUCAGAUGGAAACAAUCUCAUUAGACGAUGGCUUGAACGAUAUCACUCCCAUUGUCUUUUCAUGUCCUUUUGUGGAAACGCCAAGGCCACCUCACUGACUGUGCCAUUCUUGAAGCGUAUGCUUUGCACCACUUUGUCAACAUUGUGGGCGCAUGGCAUGCAUGCAGUUUCAUACUAAAUGGACUCGGAUUUGUGGACUGUUGUGGCACCCGACCCCUGUCCUGUACUUGUAAAGUACAAAAGUCUUCGACACUUCCUUAACACUCUCUGUCGGAUUGAGCAAGUGUAACCGCAUGAGUUGCGAGUGUUGUGCACAUCCAAGUUGUGCUCUCAGAGGACAACGUACCGUGUAAAAAAUUAGGGAGCAUUUUUCUUUCUUUGUUUUUUUUUUUUUUUUUUUUUUUUUUUUUGGUGCUCAGCCCUUGUAAACACCAAAUUCGCUUGGGUUGCUGCGCGCCCAUUCACAUGCAUUUAAAUGCGUGUACUUGUGUGUGUACACGAAGUAGGUGUUGUUGCUUUAAAGGAAAUGCCCCCAUGUUGUCACCUGGAAGAAUUCUUUUCUUUCACCUUGAAUGUAUUUUUUGUUUCUCUCUUCGUCCUUUUUUUUUUUUUGUUUGUUUUCUCAAGGGUGGAGUGAUUUACGCUGCUUGACACAAUGGGAAGGAAUGUGGCGGGAUGUUUACGAGGACACACCCCCUUCUUGAACCCAACCCCUCCCCCUUGAACCCGCAGAAGUGCAAAAAGUGCCAAUGAAAUAAAUGUUGACUUGAGACACCGGAGAGUUCCUCGAGUCCAGGCCGCGUCUCCGAGAACAGUGUUGGAACCUGAACGCACAGGAAAUAACUGAACUGCAGACUUCCAGUCGCUUGAACAGCCAGUGGACGGUUGAUGAUGCAUGAUGUCUCGGUUAGAGGGACCACUUAGAAAAGAAAGCAGCAGCAGCAGCAUCCCUGGAGUCUUUUAUCCGACUGUAUAUACGAAUCCUUUCUCUGUGCAUCUACAGUAUAAUCUUCUUGACAAUGUUUGCAUAUAUGGCGAAUCUCUGUCUCUGCCUGUCUGUGUUUGUCCCUAUGUCUCAGCUUGGGGGCGGGCGGGGUGGGCGGGGUUCACAUCUGUCAAUCAGUGGCACGUGCAAACCUCAGGCUGAGAGAACUGUGCGUUCGCGCCUCUUUUAGGACCAUCGUUGUGAAAGAGCAGAGAGUUGAAUGACUUAUCUCAUAAUGAGGUGCGAGGAGGUCUUCUGUCUGUCUCUGUGUUUAGUUAUGCCGACGCGGCAUCACCAUUAUCCAUUCACGGGCAGACACACUGUUAUUCAGAACGAAGGUAGGACGCUCGCACUCGCAGGUGUUCGGAAAGGUGGGCUGCUUGGAUCGUGAAAGGAGAGAACUUAAAACCAUUUGUUGUAAGGCUUGAUUUGAGUAUAGUUUAAAUUUUUAUAUUGUUUUGAAUGUGACGCAAAUGCAGAUUUCUAUAGAUUACAUAUUUUUUUGAGCAUGUUAUGUGCAUUUAUUUUUUGGUUUGAAUGGAAAAACGAGCACAGCUUAACAGGCAUGAGAUGAUUUUAAAGAAGUGUUUUCUUCAUGUAUAUUCAGGUUCUUUUUUUUUUCCAUGCAGUAAUUUUCUUUUUCUACGACUCCUGUCUGUGCAUUUCGAGUGAUUUGCAUGUGACGCUCUGCAAAAAUUGCAGGGCUUUGGGAGUCGACCAGUUUUUGUAGCCUUUAAGUGUCGGGGAGGUGCCAUCCUGAGGAUGUUUUAGUGCCCUUCAAGGCUUUUAUUUUGAAACCAAAAUGGCUUGUUUUGAAAUAUUAUCACUGCACUUUUCCAUCAUGCUUCACAAGCUGAUGAAAAAACAUGUGCCAAACGACUGUAGGAGAAUGUCCUUGAACCAAUGAAAAGCUCGUGCGACGCUCGCUGCCUAUUUUCCAGACUAAAAUUGGUACGUUUUGACAGGCAAGUGUCGACGAGUUUGAGAAAGGGUACAAAAUGUGACCAAAUUCAGGUGACGUGGAACAAGUGGGCCGCGAACGAUCCUAUGUCAUUGACGAUACGCCUCAAAGCUACUGACCGGCGACGGCCGGUGCCGUGUUUUGAAACUGCUAGCCCGUUUCUCGAGAAGGGUGGCACCUCCGCCAGUCCUAAAUAUCCAUGUUUUAUUCAGGGGUUUUAUAUUUUAUUUUAAUGGUAGCUUUUCAUUCACUUCGUCAGUGUUUGCUUCAUUCAAGUGCUUGUGUGUCUGUUCCGUAGCGGUGAAUUUGUCUGUGGGCGAACGCAGGUUUCGAAAUGGAAGAGGACGAUAAAUAGGAAUAAAAAAAAGAAAAAAGAAAAACAAACUAACAAAAAUCUAAGUAUAUAUGUGUAUAUGAAAUGAAAACAAAUGAGCUUAGGUUUAUUUAAAAGAUUUUACGACGUAGACACAAAAAUUGACUUGGGAAGGGAUCGGGUUUGAUGUGAGUUCAACUAUUUGUGGUGAAGAAUCAGCUCAGAUCUUGCACAUAAAAGUUUAGAUAUUGUACCUACGAGUUACAGAUUAUUAUUUUUGUUCGUUUAAUACAGGACUCUCUUGCUCUCUUUCAUAUUUAUUGUCUGGUCGGGGAGCUAGUCCCUCUGUGCGUGGGUUUACCUAGGGCACGGAGCUGUCGAGUAUCCGGGUUUACAGUCAACCGAAACUCUUUUUCAUGUGCCACAAACAAACGCAAAUACUACUGUCUGGGGUUAUUACCAUUAAGGUUAUGAUGAUGAUGAUUAUAAUAAUUAUUGAUAAUAUUAUUCAAUGAAUGAUAAUUGUUAUUAAAAUUAUUUUUUGUUUUUUUGUUUUGUUUUUCAGAACAGCUAGGAACAUGUGUGUUGGACUGCUUAUAAAAACAGUUCAGAAAUAAAAGCCCCCUUUUCGUGUU